CUCCCGAGUCCCUCCCACUCCUUGCCACCGGCUUCCCGGGCUUCCCGCCGCAACGCGACUCUCAGGAUCAAAAUGAGUCUGUUUGGAACAACCUCGGGUUUUGGAACUGGUGGGACCAGCAUGUUUGGCAGCACAACCACAGACAACCACAACCCUAUGAAGGAUAUUGAAGUAACGUCGUCUCCUGAUGACAGCAUUGGUUGUCUAUCUUUUAGCCCACCAACCUUGCCGGGGAACUUUCUUAUUGCAGGAUCGUGGGCUAACGAUGUUCGCUGCUGGGAAGUUCAGGACAGUGGGCAGACUAUACCAAAAGCCCAGCAGAUGCACACGGGGCCUGUGCUAGAUGUGUGCUGGAGCGACGAUGGGAGCAAAGUAUUUACGGCUUCUUGUGAUAAAACUGCCAAAAUGUGGGACCUUAACAGUAACCAAGCAAUACAAAUUGCACAGCAUGAUGCUCCCGUUAAAACUAUACAUUGGAUCAAAGCACCAAACUACAGCUGUGUGAUGACCGGGAGCUGGGAUAAGACUUUGAAGUUUUGGGAUACGCGAUCAUCAAAUCCAAUGAUGGUUUUGCAACUCCCUGAAAGGUGUUACUGUGCUGACGUGAUAUAUCCUAUGGCUGUGGUGGCAACUGCAGAGAGGGGACUGAUUGUCUAUCAAUUAGAGAACCAGCCUUCUGAAUUCAGGAGGAUAGAAUCUCCACUGAAACAUCAGCAUCGAUGUGUAGCUAUUUUUAAAGACAAACAGAACAAGCCGACUGGUUUUGCCCUGGGAAGUAUCGAGGGGAGAGUCGCUAUUCACUACAUCAAUCCCCCGAAUCCUGCCAAGGAUAACUUUACCUUUAAAUGUCACCGGUCUAACGGCACCAAUACGUCAGCCCCUCAGGACAUCUACGCGGUGAAUGGAAUCGCGUUCCAUCCCGUUCACGGUACCCUUGCAACUGUGGGAUCCGAUGGUAGAUUCAGCUUUUGGGACAAAGAUGCCAGAACAAAACUAAAAACUUCAGAACAGUUAGAUCAGCCGAUAUCAGCUUGCUGCUUCAAUCACAAUGGAAACAUAUUUGCGUAUGCUUCCAGCUACGACUGGUCCAAGGGACAUGAAUUUUAUAAUCCCCAAAAGAAAAAUUACAUUUUCCUGCGUAACGCAGCUGAAGAGCUGAAACCCAGGAAUAAGAAGUAAUGGCGGAGACUGGUGGGUUGUCAAGAGUUGUUUUCUCUCCAUGCUGCCUCGUCUGUACGAAUUUGGAUCCCAGCUUUUGGAGGGUUGUCAGCCAUGGAUGUGGAUUUCAGCCCCUGGGGAAAACAAUGGCCCUGUUUAGCAGUCAGGGGCCCAGCGGGCCACAGCAACUGUUAGUCUCUCCAUUCCACUGCCCGAUACAGAUUUCCUCUGUAGCUCAGGGGGGUGGUGUCUUUGUAGAAGUUAGAUUCGUGGGUGGCCGCCAGGAUUUCGCAGAGCUUCGUUCAGCAAUGUCUGUGUUAGAGAACGCUGGGAAACAUUUCAUGAACCCUGUACUGUACUUUGUAAUAAAGCAUUCUGAAGGCUGCCUGCUAAGCUCCCUUUGUCCAUCUUUCCGCCCAUCCCGUAAGCCUUGAAGGGACAGUCGUGUGCUGCAGCGUCGUUGGGUUUUCAUUUGUGACUUCCCACACCCUUUGGAAAAUGCAGAGAUCUUGCUCCUUGGGAAACGGAGUCCUGAGCUGUGACUUUCUACCACGUGGGAUGUCUAGCAACCUCUCCAACCACCGGUGGGCGGUUUGAGGGUGGUUUUCUCUUUCCUCCUUCAUUCCUUCUCCACCAUCCCUGGUGCUUUUUGGCUACGCUGGGCAGCUGUCCUGGUGACUGAAAUGGGGAGUGUCCUUGUGCUGAGGGACAGGCCUCUGUGGGUGUGUUUGUGUGGCCUUCAAGUCAGAACCCACGUUCCUGGCAUGGGAAGUGCUCUUUACUUGUGCCCCCGGUAGUGGUAGUUUUGGGGUGCUGCUUUGUUAGUUCAUGUAAUUUAAAAUUCCUGAUUGGUAAGUACCAAUUGAAAUUCGGCUUAAUUCAUGUUUGACUUUUGAGUCUGUUGCUGUGUUUUUACCCUGUGAUUCCAAAUGCUUCUUAUGCUUUACCGUUCGGGGCUGAUAUGUAAACUAACUUGCUGAGUCUGGAAAUCUGGUGUCGGUAUUGUAAGAUGUAUUUCCUACUCAAAAAGCAAUGAAAAUAAAAUGUUUUGUUGGAA